GGGCGAGGCGUACGUCAGUCAAGCGGCCCGGCCAAUGCCCUCGCGCGCUGCCCUCGCGCCCGCCCCCGCCCCGGCCUCCCGGCGCCCGCGCUGCUUUCCCUCAGGCCGCCGCGGCCCGCCCGCCCGCGCUUCCAUCCGGGUCCUCGCGCGCGACUCUCGGGCGGUGGCGGGCGGCGGGCGCGAGGGCUGGGUCGUCCCCGUGGAGGGAGGCGGCGGAUGGAGGCCUCUCCUGCGCGCUCGAGGGAAACCAGAGUUACUGAGGAGAAAGCCUUCCUGUGGUGCUCAGCUGACCCUGGACCUUCUCUUCACUGUGGGAUGAGAUUGCAGAAGAUAUUGCUAAGAGCUCAGGCUUUGGAACAGCCUGGAAUUCAGUCUGAAUUCAGAGCCAGCAACUAAGAGUUUUGUGAUCUCAGCCAUGAAGACAGGUGAAAUUUUCCAGGAGGUGUCUUCUAUGGAGAAAUUGAACCAGAGAGGUCUGACUUCCAGGCAUGAGGUUGGAGUAAUAUACUGGAAUGUUGGAGAGAGACACAGCGAGAGAGGGAACAGAAGCAGGGGGAGCAGAAGAGGGAGAAGCAGGCUUCCCGCCAAGCAGGGAGCCGGAUGCGGGGCUCUAUCCCAGGACCCUGGGAUCACGACCUGAGCUGAAGACAGAUGCUUAACGACUGAGCCACCCAGGCACCCCUAAAAUUGACAUUUUUACUGUGUUGUUUUCCAGUUCAUGGUCACUGUGCGUCUCUUCAUUUAUAGGAGUUCUUUGAUUCUUUUUUAUCAGCAUAUUAUAAUUUUCAUCAUACAGAUCCUAUACAUGUUUAAUUAGACUUAUACCUAAUUAUUUCUGUUUCUUUGGAAAAAUUUUAAAUGGUAUUGUGAUUUUAAUUUUGGUUUCCAAAUGUGUGUUGUUAGUAUAUAGAAAUGCAAUUCAUUUUUGUAUUUUAUUUUGUAUCCUAUAACUGUGCUGAAUUUCUGCUGUACGUUUUAUACUUUUGGGUUUUCUGAUUAGGUCUAUAUUCUGAAUUAAUUUUUAAUAUGGUGGGAGGUAUGGACUGAAGUUCAUUUUUUUUUGUUUUGCAUAUGGGUAUAUAAUUAUUCCAGCCCUAUUUAUUGAAAAGAUUAUCCUUUAUCAACUGAGUUGCCUUUGUAUCUUUGUCAAAACCCAGUUUUCUGUAUAUGUGUGAACCUAUUUCUAGACUCUCAAUUCUGUCCCAUUUACUAUUUGCCUAUCUUGAUGUCAACACCACACUGUCUUGAUCGUUGUGGCUUUCUAGUAAGUCUUGAAAUUAGAUUUUCUUAGUCUUGAAAUUACAACUUUGUUCUGUUUUGUUUUUUUUAAGUAGUUUAGAUUCUUCUAGAUUUUUGCAUUUCCAUAUGAAUUUUAGAAUCAGCUUGUCAAUUCCUAAAAAAAAUCUUCUGGUAUUUUGGUUGGAGUUUUAGUGAAUCAGUAGAUCAAUUUAGGGAGAAUUAACAUCUUUUUAAAAAAAAUUUUUUUUUAAAGAUUUAUUUAUUUAUUUAUUUGAAAAAGAGAGAAUGAGAGAGAGAGCACAUGAGAGGGGGGAGGGUCAGAGGGAAAAAAAAUUUUUUUUUAAAGAUUUAUUUAUUUAUUUAUUUGAAAAAGAGAGAAUGAGAGAGAGAGCACAUGAGAGGGGGGAGGGUCAGAGGGAGAAGCAGACUCCCUGCUGAGUAGAGAGCCCGAUGCGGGACUCGAUCCCAGGACUCCAGGAUCACGACCUGAGCCUAAGGCAGUGGCUUAACCAACUGAGCCACCCAAGCGCCCGAGAAUUAACAUCUUAAUAACAUUGCACCUUCCUAUACAUGAACAAAGUAUUUUUAAAAUGUCUUUUUUUUUUUUUUUUUUUUAAGACAGGGAGGCGGGAGGAGAGGGAGAGGGAGAGAGAAUCUUUGCACCCAGCAUGGAGCCCAACACAGGGCUUGAUCUCACAACCGAGAUCAUGACUUAGAGCCGAAAUCAACAGUUGGAUGCUUGGGGAACCUGGGUGGCUCAGUCGUUAAGCAUCUGCCUUCAGCUCAGGUCAUGGUCCCAAGGUCCUGGGAUCGAGCCCUGUGCCAGGCUCCCUGCUCCAUGGAAGGUCUGCUUUUCCCUCUCCCACUGCCCCUGCUUGUGUUCCCUCUCUUGAUGUCUCUCUCUUUCUGUCAAAUAAAUAAAAUCUUUAAAAAAAAAAAAAAAAAGAGUUGGAUGCUUAACUGACUGAGCUACCCAGGUGCCCCUUAAAACAUCUUUUAAAAGCAAUGUUUUGUAGUUCUAGAUCUUACAGAUAUUUUUUCAUAUUUAUCUGUCAGAAUUUUGUUUUUGGUGAUAUUAUAAAUAUUAUUGUGAUAAACUUAAUUUCUUUUUUUUUAAAUUUUUUUUUUAAAGAUUUUUUUUUAUUUAUUUGACAGAGGGAGAGACAGCGAGAGAGGGAACACAAGCAGGGGGAGUGGGAGAGGGAGAAGCAGGCUUCCCGCGGAGCAGGGAGCCCGAUGUGGGGCUCGAUCCCAGGACCCGGGGAUCAUGACCUGAGCCGAAGGCAGACGCUUAACGACUGAGCCACCCAGAGAGAGAGAAAGCACAAGCAGGUUGAGCGGGAGAGGGAGAAGCAGACUCCCGCUGGGCAGGGAGCCCAAUGUGGGACUCGAUCCCAGGACCCCGGGAUCAUGGCCUGAGCUGAAGGCAGAUGUUUCACCGACUGAGCCACCCAGAGAGAGACACAGUGAGAGAGGGAACAGGAGCAGGUGGAGUGAGAGAGGGAGAAGCAGGCUUCCUGCCGAGCAGGGAACCGGAUCCCAGGACCCUGGGAUCAUGACCUGAGCUGAAGGCAGACGCUUAACGACUGAGCCACCCAGGUGCCCCAUACACUUAUGAUCUUGAGAAGAUAACGGACUUCAGGCUAUGACAACCAGGAAACAUUUUUCCUGGCACCGAGGGACAAAACCGCUAAACAUAAAAAACCUGACUCGUGAUCAGCAGUACUUUUGAAGAAAGAUCUUGAUUGAAAAGGGGAAAUGUGAAAAUAAAAGGAAACCUCAUUUAGAAUGGAGCCAAAAAAAAAAGAAGAAGAAGAAUGGAGCCGCGAGGCCGGCAGGAGGAGCUCUCAAUUCCUAUCACUCAUGGACAGUUGCAGACCAAUAGGAAAAGAUAGACCUUGGGAUGCUACUUUACUACCCCAGGAGGAGUUAGGUAGUUUUCCUCCUCCUCCACACUCCCCUGCAGCAGCCCAGCCAAUGAGAAGCCACUACACUUCCAGCUCCCGGUUCUCUCCAAUGGACUUUUAGUUUAGAACAGCCCCUCCCAAAGCCCCCGUUCUUCGUUAAAAGAGCUUUCUCUUCUUCGCUCCUGAACUUGUUGAUGGUUUUGCCAAAACCUGCUUGUCUGGGAUUGCAAUCCUCUAUUUCUCAAUGAACCUGUUUUUGCUGUUAAAAUAACUGGCAGUGUUGUUAUGUUAUGUUAUGUUAUGUUAUGAGUAGGCUCCACCCCCAGCAGGGAGCCCCGCGCUGGGCUUGAACUCACAGGCUGAGAUCAAGACCUGAGCUGAGAUCAAGAGUCCCACACUUAACUGAGCCACGCAGGUGCCCCUGGCAGUUUUAUUUUUAAGGUGAACAAGUUUUUCCUCAUUUUUCCUCUAAUUAUUAUUUUUUUAAUGAACUUCAGUAUUUUCUUUAAAAAAAGAACAAUACCAGUACCUUUGGCAUUUUUUUUUAGAAGUUCGUUAAUUUUGCACUGUUAUUUAAACGUAAACACAGGGGUGAAUCUGAAGGAUGGAGGACAAGUACACAUCCAGCUCUGCCCGGCAACUUGACUCUUCUCUAGGAAGAGCACUCAGCUGACCAGGAAUAUGGCCCCAGGGCUCCUGACAACCAGGGAUGAGAAAUAGAAGAGACUAUCCUAAAAUUCAUUUGGAAUAUCAUGGGAUCUUGAGUCUUACAAAACAACAAGUUUGGAGGAGUCACACUGCCUGAUUUCAGUACUUAGUACCAAGCUACAAACAGUGGCAACAUAGGUUCUCACUGACAUAAGAAUAAAUACAUAGAUCAAUGGAAUAGAACUGAGAGCCUGAGAAAAAAGCCUCACAUACAUGGUCAAUUGAUUUUUGACAAGGGUGCCAAGACCAUUCAACUGGAAAAGGACAGUCCAUACAAUGGUGCUUGGACAACUGGACAUCCACACUAAAAGAAUAUGUGAAAUAAAUGAAAAAUUAGAAAGUCUCUGAAGAAAUAAGAGAUACAGUGAAUAAGUAUAUGGAAAUUUCAGAACUGAAAAAUACAUACCUGAAAGAUAAAGCUCAGUAGAUGGGCUUACUAGCAGAUUAGAGGUAACAGAAAAAUCAGUGAACUAGAAGAUAGAACAAUAGAAAUUAGCCAAUCUGCACAACAGGGAGAAAAUAUACUGGGAAAAAAUAAUGAACAGAGCCUCAAAAACUGUGGGAAUAUAACAAAAUAUCUAACAUUUGUGUCAUUGUAGUUCUGGAAAAAGAAGUGAAGGUAGGCAGAGGCUGAAAAAAUAUUAGAAGAAUUAAUGGCUGAAAACUUCCCAAAUUUGGCAAGAGAUGUAAACCUACAGAUUGAAAAAGCUUGAACAUAUGCCAAACAUGACAAACCCAAAAUGAAGGAAACAUCUUGAAAGCAACCAAAGAAAAUGCAUUUCUUACAAGGAAAAAGCUAUUGGAAUGGUAGUAGAUGUCUCAUCAAAAACCACAGAAGUUAGAUGGAAGUGGUGUGAUGUUCUUUAGGUGCUGGAAGAAAGGAACUGUCAAUUCCAAGUCCUGUACCAAAUAAAAAUAUCAUUCAGGAAUGAAGGGAAAAUCUGGACAUUCUCAGAUGGAGAAAAACAGAAUUUGUCUCCAGGAGCGUGGACAGAGGCAAUUUUAUAAACAAGGAAACAAUAAAAGAGGGAACCUUGGAGCAUCUGUGUGCAGUAGAGUUAACAUAACAGGCUUGAGACUGCUAUUCUUCGGAAAUCCUGCUUGCAAGAUUAUCCUUUGGCUGGCAUUGGGAUCUUGCAUUUCUGGAGGGUUAGCACCAUUCUCAGAACUGAUAAGAAUGGUUCACUGUGCCUAAAAGUGUGCAAACUAGGGUUUAUGCUGAAAGUGCCUGUGUGACCAGUCCCCACUAAAAAAGUUGGGCACUGAGCCUCUAAUGAGCUUCCUUGUUAGACAACAUUUAACACACGUUAUCACAAGUCCUUGGUGGUGGAGUUAAGUGGGUCAUGUUGUUACUCUACUGGGAGAGGAUUCUUGGGAGGUUGUUCCUGGUUUCCUUUGGACUUUGUCUCGUACCAUUUCUCUUUUGCUUUGUAUCCCUUUGUAGCCAUGUGUACAAAACUAUAUGAUGAGUCUUACAAGUCCUAGUGAAUAUCAAACCUGGGGGUGGUCUUGGGGACCCCUGACACAAUCAGGAAGAAAGAAAACACAGGAAAAAUAGGGGUAAAUAUAGGAGGCACUCCUCUUACACAUGAAUUUUCCAAACUAAUUUUGAUGGUUGAAGCAAAAAUUAUUACACAGUAUGAUGUGAUUCUAAAUAUGUAGAGAGGAACUACUUAAAAUUACCAGAAGGGCAAGAGGAUGUAAUGGGAGGUAAAGUUUCUAUACUUCAUUAAACUGGAAAAUGAAGAUACUAGUAGACUGAUUAGUUAUGUGUACAUAAUGUAGCUCUUAGAGUAACCACUAAAAAUGCUGUACAAACACAGAAAUCCCAUAAAUGUGGAGGUGUGGGAAAACCAGAGAUAAAGGAAUAAACUGGGCCACCCUGCCCUAGGACCUCGCUGCUGUAGGCGUGGGGGGUGGGUGUCUUUUUUAUGAUAAUCACCUAUGAACAACAAAGAAUAACCAGACCCUAAAAAGAAAGUAAGCCAUUGAAGGUGUUAUCACUAGUCCUUGCUCAAUGGUGAUAUCAGUAGAAAUGUUCAAAGGAUUUAAGUUCCCUGGUUAGCUUUCUAUAAAAGACCAAGCCUAAAGGCCCUCGUUGGCAACCCUGUCAGGACCCCUCUCACUCUUGAGAGCUUUUUCUGUAUCUUCAUUUAAUAAACUUCUAUCGCUUUACUCACACACACACACACACACACACACACACACACACACACACAUGCUAUACAAAGAAAUACACAGAAAGCACUGGAUAAGUCAAAAUAGAAUUAUAAAAAAAAAAAAAAAGUCCAAGUAACCCAGAAGAAGUCAGUAAAAGAAAACGAAGCAAAAAGAAAAUGAUCUAAAUACACCAACCAAAAGAGACAGACUGGCAUAGUAGACUAAGAAAAAAAACAAAACAAAACACAACAAACCCUGUAUUCUAUCUAAAUGAAACUUCAGAUAUUAUCACAUAGGCAAGUUAAAAGGAUAAAAAGAAACAUGCAAACAUUAAUCAAAGGAAAGCUGGAGUGGCUUUAUUAAAUCAAGUAAGGCAGAUUUCAGAGCAAGGAAAGUUACCAGACACAGGGUGAUAAAUGGUCAAUUCCAGGAAGACAGUGAUCCUUAAUAUGUAUGCAUCACAUUACAGUUUCACCAUAUGUGAAGAGAAAUAGACAAAUCAACAACUGGGAGACUUCAACACCCAUCUCACAGUGAUGGAAAUUAGACCCCAAAUCAGUAAGAGUCUGUCAUUACCAUCAACCACAGAAUCUAAUCUUUACAGAACACUUUACCCAACAAUAGCAGAAUACAUAUUCUUUUCAGAUGCUCACAAAAACAUACACCAAGAUAGACCUAUCCUGGGCCAUAAAACAUAAGAAUUUGUUUACCUUAAAAGUAAAGAACUGAUACGAGGUGUGUUCUCUGACCACAGUGGAAUCAAAAUUGAAAUCAGUAAGAGAAAGUUGACAGAAAAGUCUAUAAACACUUACAAAAUAAACAUGCUUUUAAAUAAUCCAUGCAUCAGAAAAGAAGUUUCAAGGGAAAUAAAAACAUACAUGAAAGAGAAUGGAGAAGAAAAUACAAUAUAUCAAAGUAUGUGGAACAGCAAAAGCAGUCCUGAGAGGAAAACCUGUGGCACUGAACAUAUGUAUUAGAAAAGAGGAAGAGUCUCAAAUCAAUAAGCUUCUACCUCAGGAACCUAGAAAAAUAAGAGCAAAAUAAACCCAGAGGAAACAAAUAGAAGGAAAUAAUAGUGAUAAAAGCAGAAAUCAGUGAAACUGAAAAUAAAUAGAGAAAAUCAGUUAAAGAGCUACUCUUCUGAAAACAAUAACAUUGAAACAACCUCUAACAAUACUAAGAAAAAAAAGAGUAGACACAAAUCACCAUAUCAAGAACAAAACAAAGGGCCGCCUGGGUGGCUCAGUCGGUUAAGCGUCUGCCUUUGGCUCAGGUCAUGAUCCCAGAGUCCCAGGAUCGAGUCCUGUGUUGGGCUCCCUGCUCAGCAGGGAGUUUGCUUCUCCCCCAUCUCAUGCUCUCUCUUUCUCUCAAAUAAAUAAAAUCUUAAAAAAAAGAGAGAAUGAAAUAAAGGCUAUCACUACAUACUCUGAAACCACCAAAAGAAUAUUCACCCAUAAAUCUCACAACUUAGACGAAAUGAACUGCUUCCUUGAAAAACACAAACUACCAAAACCCACCCAAUUUGGAGUAAUUUGAACAGCUCUGUAACUAUCAUGAAGUCUACUUUGCAAUCUAAAAAUUCCUACAGAAGAACUCUAUGGGCCCAGAUGUUUUUACUGUGGAAUUCUGCCAGAUCUUUAAAGAAGACUUAACACCAGUGCUACAUGAUUUCUUCCAGAAAAUAGAAGAGGAAACACUUCCCAAUUCGUUCUAUGGAGAAGACAUUAAUGGCCUUCAGGGAUGUGGCAGUGGCCUUCACCCAGAAGGAGUGGAAGUUACUGAGUCCUGCUCAGAGGACCCUGUAUCGGGAUGUAAUGCUGGAGAACUACAGCCACUUGGUGUCACUGGGAAUUGCCUUUUCCAAACCCAAACUCAUCACACAGCUGGAGCAAGGGGAUGAGCCCUGGAGAGAGGAGAGUGAAUGUCUUCUGGACCUUUGUCCAGCAGAACCAGGGACAGAAUUCCGGCCAUGGGGCCAUUCCUGCCCGGUGACCUUUUCCAGUACCCAGUUCCUCGAACAGUAUGUGCUGUGUGGUCACCUUCCUCAGAUCUUCCCAAGCUCAUACGCAGGAAGCCCCAUCCCAGUGGAAGCUCCAAACUGCUCAAGUGAACAAGCGGACGAUGGAGGCAUGGAGGGGAGACUCCGGCUGAGUGGGGUUUCCAGGGUGCUCUUCAGACCCUCUCAGGACUGGCCAGUAGACUGGGUAGAAGGCAACAGAGCUGGGCAUCCUGAGGAGGCAGGCCUUGCAGCAUCUGAGGCAACCAUGUGUGGAAAAUACAGACUGGGACUUGGUACCAAAUCUAGCUUCUUGAGCCUCCAGAAGCAUCAUGUAUGCCCUGAAUGUGGCAGAAGCUUCUGUCAGAAGUCAGACCUCACCAAGCACCAGAGGACACACUCAGGGGAGAAGCCUUACAGCUGUAGGGAGUGUGGGCGAGGCUUUGGCCGCAAGUCCUCCCUCACCAUCCACCAGAGGAAACACUCAGGGGAGAAGCCUUAUGUGUGCCGGGAGUGUGGGCGCCACUUUAGGUACACUUCCUCACUUACCAACCACAAGAAGAUACACUCUGGGGAGAGGCCCUUUGAAUGUCAGGAAUGUGGGCGAGGUUUUCGCCAAAAGAUUGCCCUCAUCCUGCAUCAGAGGACACACUUGGAGGAGAAGCCCUUUGUGUGUCCUGAAUGUGGGAGAGGCUUCUGCCAGAAGGCAUCACUCCUCCAACAUCGCAGCUCACAUUCGGGCGAAAGGCCCUUCUUGUGCCUUGAGUGUGGGCGUGGCUUCAGGCAGCAGGCACUACUCCUCAGUCAUCAAGUCACACACUCAGGGGAGAAGCCUUAUGUCUGUGCUGAGUGUGGGCAUGGCUUUCGCCAGAAGGUCACCCUUGUCAGACACCAGAGGACGCACACAGGAGAAAAGCCUUACCUGUGCCCAGAGUGUGGGCGUGGCUUUAGCCAGAAAGUCUCCCUCAUGGGACACCAGAGGACACACACAGGGGAGAAGCCUUACCUGUGCCCGGAGUGUGGGCGUGGCUUUGGUCAAAAGGUCACCCUCAUCAGACACCAGAGGACGCACACAGGGGAGAAGCCUUAUCUGUGCCCGGAGUGUGGACGCACCUUUGGCUUCAAGUCACUCCUCACCAGACACCAGAGGACACACUUAGAGGAGGCGGCUGAUGUGUAUGGAGUAUGUGAGCAAGGACUUGGCCAGAAGUCUCACUUCACCUCUGACCAGAGGGCACACUCAGUGGGGAAGCCAUGUGUAUGCAGUGAAUGUGGGCGAGGCUUCGGCUUCAGGUCAGCCCUUGUCAGACACCAGCGCACCCACUCAGGAGAGAAGCCAUAUGUGUGCAGGGAAUGCGGUCGAGCCUUUAGCCAGAAGUCUCACCUUCACAGACACAGGAGGACCAAGUCUGGCCAUCGCCUCCCACCUCAAGAGCUGCUCUCCUGACCUUUCCUUUCCUCCUGAGUGUGAAGAUGGCAGAAAGCACUAGGAGAUGUUCCACUUUCCUCAGAUGCAGUGGAGGAAAAAAUGUGUUCUUUCAGUGAUUGGAAGAUAGUUGAUUUAUGGUUUACUUUAUGUGCUAGCAAUGUGUUUUAAUUUGCUAGGGCUGCCAUAAAGAAACACCACAAAUUUGAUGGCCAAAGAACAAUUCAAACUUGAUGGUCAAAGAACAAUUUUCUCACAGUUCUUGGGACUGGAAGUCCAAGAUCAAUGUGUGCACUUUGGUUUCUACCGAAGCCUCUCUCCUCCGUUGACAGAUGCCUACAUCCUUACUGUGUCCUCGCAUGGUCUUUGUGCACUUGUUCUAAGGACAACAGCCUUACUGGGUUAGGGCCCCACUCUGUCACCAAACGAGGUCACACUGUGGGUUCUGGCUUCAACAUAGGAAUUUGGAACAAUUCAGUCCAUAACAGCCUCCUGGACCCCCGAAAUUCGUGUUCUUCUCACAUCCACAGCAUGUUCUUAACAGCUCCCAAAGUGUUGACCCAUUCCAGCAUUGACUGUGUCCAAAAUCUCAUGUAAAUCAAGUGUGCGUGAGGCUAGGGGUAUGUUUCAUCCUGAGGCAAACCAGACAAGUUACCAAAGAUGUAGAAUUUGCAUUCCCUUUCCACAAGGGGAAACAAGAAAAGAUUGAUGGGUCCCAAGCACAUCUGUGACCUAGCAAGCAAAUUCUAUUAGGUUUUAAAGGCUUGAGAAUAAUGUCUGGUAGGAUGCUUUGCCCUCUGGUCCUGCUGAGGUGGCAGCAGCAGGCUGACAGCAGUAUGCAACCCCCUGAGACCAUGGAGGCAUUCACCCUCCAGGCCCACCACGGGAAUGUCAGACCAACUGAUCUGUUUCACUGUCAGGGUCACUGUUUCCUCCUCUUGGUGGGUAGCACCACAGAAGUCUGACAGCCGGCCUUUGCUGUGUCCCGUCUGUACCAUCCUUAGUACAGCCUCGUAGUUACCACUGAGCAUCAACUGGUUCCAAACUAAUCUCUUUAUCAAAUGACUGUCCAACAACACCACUGGUAUUCUCUCUAGAACAGGCUUUCUCAUUUUCACAAUAUGGAUAGGCUAAGAAUUCUCAAAAUCUUCAAGUUCUGGCUCCUUUUUGCUAAACAGUUCCUUCAAUUUACCUCCCUCCUCACAUAUUUCUAGGAGGAGCAACAAAACAGGUAUACCUUUCAACACCUUGCUUAGAAAUCUCCUCAGCUAAGAAUUCGUCACUUCUGUCACCUAAGAUUUUGAUCCUCCACUAAACACUGGAACACAACCCAGCCACAUUCUUUGCUGCUUUAUAAUCAGGAUUGCCUUUCCUUUAGUUUCCAGUAAUGUUCCACAUUUCUGUCUGAGGCCACAGCAGAAUCACUUCUAAUUUCCCUUUUCCUACCAUAGUCUCCUUGAGGCAACCCCGGCUUUCUCCAGCAAGCACCUCUAAACCCAUCCACCCUCUACCCACCACCCAGUUCCAAAACCACCUCCAUAGUUUUUCAUAUUUAUAGUAGCACACCACUCAGUACCAAAACUGUAUAUUCUUUUACCAGGGCUGCCAUAACAAAACCAGAGACUGGAAGUCCAAGAUCGCCCUGACCUACUGAACUUUGCCUGCUGGCUGGCAGGUGGUACCUUCUCCUCACGUGGCCAUUCCCCUACACAUGUGCCAGAGAGCAAGUGAACUCUGGUGUCCCUUACUCUUGUAAGAUCUGGGCUCCACCCUUACAACAUAAUUUAACUUUCAAUAUUUCCUUAGGUCCUGGACCAAAUACUGUCACAUUAGGAAAGGGCUUCAUCAUGGACUUUUUUUGGGGAAAAUUUAGUUCAUAACACUGCCCUCUGGACUCCCCGAAUUCCUACCUGGCCCUCAACUCCUGCCAUAAAGGGUCCUGAUCUUUUCUUUCCCAGGAGUGUGAAGCCAGCAGGAAGCACUGGGCGGUGCUGCACUUUCCUGAAGUGGAAUGCAGGAAGCAUGCUGGUCCUCUCAGUGGCCAGGGGUGUGUGUGUGUUGUGUGUGUGGGUGGGGGGGUGUUGGACACACCUUUCUAAGCCCUCCUCCACACCCAGGUCUGUUUAAUAAACUGCUUCCUUACAAAGCUGAA